CGCCUGCCCGCCCGCAGGCUUCUCAUGGCGGUGACCAUGACGCUGCACAACCUGCCAGAGGGCUUUGCGGUGGCCUUUGCCGCCUUCACCGACUUUGGGCCCAUCAUGGCGGCGGCCAUCGCCAUCCACAACAUCCCAGAGGGCGUGAUUGUGGCGGCGCCCAUGUAUGCGGCGACGGGCAGCCGGUGGAAGGCGCUGGGCCUGGCCACGGCGUCUGGGCUGUCGGAGCCGGUGGGCGCGCUGCUGGCGCUGCUGCUGGUCAAGCCGUUCCUCACCGAGGCGCGCCUGCACUACAUUCUGGGCUUUGUGGGCGGCCUCAUGGCGGCGGUGUCCCUGCUGGAGCUGUGGCCCGAGGCCAAGCGCUGCCACCACGACCGGCGCAUGGCCUGGGGCAUCGCCGUGGGGGUGGUGCUCAUGGGCGGCACGCUCUUCUACGUCUAG